UUGUUUCCAUUGGAAUAUUACAGAUUCUACUACGAUCUCGCUCAUCAACCGCAUCUGUUCACUCACUUGUUUCAUUCGCGAUGGCAUUCUGGCAUAUUUUGGGCUUUUUGUCAAUUUUAUUGAUUUGUUUGGUUUACGUUGUGCAAGCCGACGAGGAAUUUAAAACCAUUGGCAAUUCAACAAGCGGCAAAAUUAAUAUGGUUGAUAUUAAGGUUCCAGUUAAAAGCUACAAUAAGGCAAAGAAAGCAAUUUCUCAAAAAUGGUGGUACGAAAAAUGUGCUGGCUCAAAACCGGGAAAAGGCCUGAAACAUUUAUACAAAAAGCUAAGACAUCAAAUUCAUAAAACAGUCGCCAUACUCCAAUCGGAGGCGGAUUUGGACGAAAUUGCCGAAAAAGUGAAUUCAAGAGUUAAACAGUUUAUGGAGUCAUAUGACAAGGAUGCCCAAGAAGGUAGCUUCACCGACAUCGAAUUCGAAAAAGUUAAAAUGGAAUUCAGUUCAUAUGCUUCAAAAAUGAAAUUACUUCGUGAAAAAAUGGGUGAAUUCAAAAAGAAACGGGGUAAAAUUUAUUCGUACUGCAUGGAUAUGCUGGAAAAUAUGAGAUUCAUGAAAGCGGCCGGGCUCAAACAAACAAAAUGGAAAAAUCUUUCGAUACUUGGCAAUUCGGGAGUACUUAUGGGAUAUGCUGGAUUCGCCGGUUCCAACUUAAUGAGCAAUUCAGGACAAACUAAUUAAUUUCUUUUGUUCAUUCUGAUGUCCAAUUAGUUACAAAUAAAAUUCCAUGAAAAUUUCAAAAUAAUGUCAUUGACGUCAAAUGCAAA